UUGACCAAGCAGCCUUCCAUGAAAUUUCUUCGACUGUAUAACCAAAAUUCGUGAAGAAACCCCAAAAAGCAAAAAACUUGGUGGUGGGGUUUUUCAAGUAAGGAGAUGGACACUCACUCGCGCUUCCCACGCGCCGAUAAUCGGAACGAUGCGUUUGACCACCGUACGCCCGCCGCCGAUUCUCCGAGAUCGUACACCGGCGAUAUCAAUUUCGGGGAAAGCACGGAUCGCCGAUUCGCAUUCUCCCGUCAAUCUUCGUUGCACCAAAAGGCCGCCGCGGAGCCUCACACGCCGCGGCCUUUCCUCUCGCGCAGCGUCUCCUGCAUAGAUAUUCCGCCGGGCAGUUACCCGCCGGACUCUGGGGUUUCGUACCUGAAGGAGAUUGAUGAUAGGUUCUCGGCGUUUUCGUUUGUUUCGUUGAUUUUGGGCGGAUUGAGGUCUGGAAACAAGCAGAUGAGGCGAUUGUUCGUGUUGAUCUCGCUUAAUGUUGCUUAUUCGACUGCUGAAUUGUUUAUUGGCCUAUUUUCGGGACGAAUUGGGUUGGUAUCCGAUGCAUUUCAUUUGACAUUCGGGUGUGGUCUCUUGUCAUUUUCGUUGUUCGCAAUGGCUGCUUCUGGACAACGGCCUGAUCGCACAUACACAUAUGGGUAUAAAAGGCUAGAAGUUUUAUCUGCGUUUACCAAUGCUCUAUUUCUUUUGUUUAUGUCAUUCUCCUUAGCUGUGGAAGCACUUCACGCGUUCAUACAAGAUGAAUCUGAGCACAAGCAUUACUUGAUCGUCUCAGCUGUCACAAAUUUGCUGGUAAAUCUUAUCGGCAUUUGGUUCUUCAGGAACUACGCCCGAGUUAAUCUUGCGUACAGAAAAGCCGAAGAUAUGAACUAUCACUCUGUUUGCUUACAUGUUAUAGCUGAUUCCAUUCGCAGUGCAGGGCUAAUUCUCGCAUCGUGGAUGCUUAGCCUUGGGGUUAAAAAUGCUGAAGUACUGUGUUUGGGACUAGUUUCAUUCACAGUUUUCAUGAUUGUGAUGCCUCUUUUUAAAGCAUCGGGUGGUGUUUUGCUACAGAUGGCACCCCCUAGUGUUCCCUCUUCAGCUUUGAGCAAAUGCCGCAGACAGGUUAGUUCGCGGGAAGACGUUGAAGAGGUUUCUCAGGCUCGUUUCUGGGAAGUAGUGCCAGGUCAUGUUGUUGGAUCUAUUUCACUACAGGUGAAAUCGGGAAUGGAUGAUCAGCCGAUACUCCAAUAUGUUCAUGGUGUGUACCAUGAACUCGGAGUACAGGAUUUGACUGUACAAACUGAAUAUGCUUGACUCACCUUUACAAACCCUUUGAUCAGUUUAAAGAAUAUGAUACAGCUGUAAGAACUUGAUGUAGUAACGAGUAGAUUCUUGAUCUCGUUUUAGUUUUUAUCUUGUAAUUAUUUGACAAUUUUGUAGAUUUUAUAAUAUUUGGUUGUGUUGCGCAGCAACACUGGUUUAUGAAUAAGUGUAAUAAAACAUAAUUGAAUUUUAGAUGUUUCUUAUUUCCUUUUUG